AUGGUAUUCAAGGACAUGGACAAGAUCAUUCCUAGCCGCGUGAACCUCAGCAAGGAGCGCCAGAAAGUGUUAACCGACACGGCCGAUCGCGUCGUGGCCGAGACGCUGCGUUCGUACGAACUGUUCAUUGCUAACAACCGCCAGGUCGACUCUCGUCUCUGGAAGCACGUUAAGUCGCGUGAAAAGGUUCACGUGUAUCGUACUCGCCGUUCCGGUUCGAAGCGGUUAAAUGCCGUCAACGACAAACAACCGAGUCGACCACGGCUACUGUCGAACAACACGAUAGAACAGCAGCAACGGGAGGCACAGGCAGCGGGACGACCGCACGCCUUCACCCCCGAUGAAGAGGACGAGGAACCAGAGCAGGGUAUCGAGAAAUCUGCGAGCAGCACGUCGCAUUCCCAGUCGCAGUCUCGGUGCACACAGAGCUCGUCGAGCGACGCCGGCUCAUUCACUGUGUUCCCCGAAGAGAGCGUGCUGGAAAAGGUCAAACCGGCUAACGUCCCGCUGGUCGCAGCGAUCGGCAUCAUCGACGGCUCCGUGGAAGACGUCGCGUUCGGGGCCCUGGCCAACACAGACGACGCGUGGUUCGAGCGCAACUCGUACGUCAAGAACGACGGGUUCGACGGCCGCAAAGUGCUGGCGUCGUUCCAGAACCCGAGCGAAGAAGACCCGUUCCGGUUCGUCGGCAUCAAGUGGGCCACGCGCGACAUCGCCGCGUUCGUGUCUCGACGCGACGUCCUGUUCAUUGAGUCGUCGGGUAUCGCGUUGGAUUCGGACGGCGAGCGCGUGUAUUACAGUCUUGCGCACUCGAUUGAGUUGGACGACUGCCCGGUGCUGCCCGACCGGUACAACGUCGUCCGUCUCAACCUGUCCAUUUGUUACAUUAUGCGCCAGGUCUCAGAGGCCCAGAUCGAAGUGUACGCCCGAGGCUACGCCGACAUGGGCGGCAACCUGCCUGCGGUCAUUGGGCUGAACGUCUUCUCGCAGGGUGUAGUCGACGUGGUAGGCAUCGUUGAGGCCUCGUAUCUCAAGAAACUGGCGUGGCAAAUGGCUCGCCGCCGUACGAGCGACGCGUCCACACACCACACGAAAGACUGUGGCGUCUGCGGCAAAAGCACUAAGAAGUUUGGCAAUCUUAUCAACACUGGAGGCGCCUGUGCUAUUUGUCGACAGACGAUCUGCCAGAAGUGCAGCGUCCAGAAGAAGCUGCUCUUAGAUGCCGAGGAAGACCUGCAGCGCCAGCUCACAUUCUGUGUGUCAUGCGUGAUCGACGCGCGACAACUGUCGGCAUGGGACGUUGCCACGCAGCAGCUCAAGCUGAAGCAACGCCGGUAA